AUCAAAUGGUUGCAAAGGCGGAGACCUGGGCGAUCUUGCGAAAUGCAGACCAGGGGCUGAACCAUAUAAAUCCCAAACUUGGGGCCCUCAACAACACUGCCUCUGACUGCUUUCUUCAUCGUGUUGAAGAUACAGUGGUGGGACAACAUGCUGUUCGUCUUUGCAUCCCUCUGCCUCCUGGCUACAUGCUGGGCGCAGGAUUGCCAGGUGGCCAACAUUCAAGUGAUGCAGAACUUUGACAGAACCAGGUACACAGGAACAUGGUACGCAGUCGCCAAGAAAGACCCCGUCGGCCUUUUCCUGCUGGAUAACGUUGUCGCUAACUUCAAAAUUGCAGAGGACGGCCAGAUGACCGCCACCGCCAUGGGCAGAGUCAUCAUCCUGAACAACUGGGAGAUGUGCGCCAACAUGUUUGCCACCUUCGAGGACAGCCCUGAUCCCUCUAAGUUCAAGAUGAGGUACUGGGGAGCCGCCUCCUACCUGCAGACUGGCUACGACGACCACUGGGUGAUUGACACCGACUACGACAACUACGCCAUCCACUACUCCUGCAGGGAGCUGGACUAUGACGGCACCUGCCUGGACGGGUACUCCUUCGUCUUCUCUCGCCACGCCACCGGACUGAGGCCCGAGGACCAGAAGAUCGUCACCCAGAAGAAACAGGACCUCUGCUUCUUGGGCAAAUACAGACGCGUCACACACACAGGUUUCUGCGAGGCAUAAAUCAGUCGGACGUGACGAAGAUGACAACUGUGAGCUUUAGCUGUGGGCACUGGAACAAGUUGGCGCAGCUUCCCUCUCUCUCUCUCUCUGUCUGCCUUUCAAAAAUGUCUUCUGAUAGGGAAUUUUAAACAAGCAGCUAGGCACUCCUGAAGCCACUGUAGCAGACUGAUAUUUGGAUGCACAGCUGUUUGACUCAAAAUUCCCAAAGGUUUUAAAUAACCAUUUUUGCCAUUUGCAUUACCUGUGGCAACUUUGAAAAAGGGAAAAAUGUGAUGUGCUUCAAGUCAAUCAAGGCAAUGGAGGAAAGUACGUUCAUGAUUUUAAAAAGGAUUAUACAGACCAAAGAACAACCCUCUCUGACAAGGACAAUUACUAUCUUCCUCAUCCUGAUUAAGACCGAUGAAAACCCAGGUUUACUAAAAACACAAAACAAGUUUGAAUGUAUUAUGAUGAUUUAAUGUACUGAAAGGAGUAUUUUUUAAAUAAAAUAUUCUUGUAAAACCAA